GGCGGUUGUGAACCCAGGUUACGCUGCCAUGCAGAGCUGUGCUUCCUGGACCUGCUGAAUUCCUGGCAGCUGGACCCCACCCUGCGCUACAGGGUCACCUGGUUCAUCUCCUGGAGCCCCUGCUGCAACUGUGCCCAGGAAGUGGCUGAAUUUCUGGGUUGGAACAGCCACGUGCGCCUGCGCAUCUUCGCUGCCCGCAUCUAUGACUGGCUCCCAGGAUAUGAGCAGGGGCUGCGCACAAUGCAGGGGGCUGGGGCACAGACCAGCAUCAUGAACUUCAAGG